UGCAGAAGCGCCAGACUCCAAACUGCGCAUUCCAAUCCGUCUGCUGGAGCUUCUGUGCCUUACUUUUUAAGUGGAGUUACUUUCAAUAAAAGCGCUGCCUUUAACCGACCCUCUUUGCUUAUAAACCAACUGAGGAAUAAUCUGGAAAAGUACUCGCAAGGGAAGGAAGGCUCAGCGUGAGUAACCGCAAAAAGACAUGAGAACUUCAGCCAUGCAGUGGCAACCCUGGCUUAUCCUCUGUGUUGCGGUUAUCUCUGCGGUGGCAUCCGAGCAGCUCGAAGGUCCUAGAGGCUUCCCGUCUUUCUACAGCGAUGUCACAGAUGAGCCCAUCGAUUAUUUGGAUGUUCUCAACCACAAAGAUGAAGGCAGUGGUUCUGGAAUGGGAGUCCCAGAAGUUCGUGUCUCCCGAAAACAAAACCACUCCAAGAUGUUCAUAACACAGACCACUAAAGAGUACCUUACUGGUCGAUGGAUGACACUCUUUAUCCCUUCUGUGUAUACCAUGGUGUUUGUUGCCAGCUUACUUCUGAAUGGCCUCGCCAUUCUUAUGUUCAUCUUUAAAGUGAAAUUAACAAAACCAGCCGUUAUAUACAUGCUGAACCUGGCCUUCGCUGACCUGCUUUUUAUUCUUCUGCUGCCAUUUAAAAUAUCAUACCACUUUUCUGGGAACAACUGGACCUACGGACCUGUGAUGUGCAGGAUUGUCACAGCUGCUUUUUACUGCAACAUGUACUGCUCAGUCCUCCUUGUAAUGUGCAUAGCCAUUGACCGUUUCCUUGCUGUGGUCUACCCCAUGCAGUCUCUGUCCUGGCGAAGCCGGGAGAAUGCCAUCAUUGUGUGUGUAUCUAUGUGGUUCUUAUCCGUUGGUGGUGUUAUGCCUAUUCUGUUGUCAGAACAGACAGCAAGAAUCCCUGAUCUCAGCAUCACAACCUGCCAUGAUGUGCUGGACAUCAAACAAUUUCAAGGCUACUAUCUCUACUUCUUUCCCAUUUUCUGUUUUGUUUUCUUUUUUAUCCCCAUGAUAGUCACGUCCGUUUGUUAUAUUCGUAUCAUUCAGUGCCUCGGUUCGACAAAUGUCGCCAGCAAGUGCAGGAAGACCCGUGCUAUCUUCAUGGCUGUUGUCGUCUUCACCAUCUUCAUUGUCUGCUUUGCCCCCACCAACAUCAUUUUACUCACCCACUAUCUGCGUUUUGCUAAUGGCUACAAUGAGAAUUCCUACUUUGCCUAUCUCAUCUCCAUGUGUCUUGGCAGCAUUAGCUGCACUCUUGACCCCCUGAUUUAUUACUUUGGAUCUUCCACCUGCCAACGGCACCUCCACAAUCUUCUCUUUUGCAAAGGAGAUGCAGUUGAGAUUAGCUACGCCAAGUCGGAUAGCCAGAGCAGCAAAAUGGAAACCUUUUCGAACAGCCUUCAAAGCAGCCAGUAUAAAAAGCUUUUGGCCUGAAAUCGCCAGAAGCACAGAAUCUAGUUUGAUCCCAAGGGUGUGUGCUUUUAGAAUUGUGCUUCCGAUACCUGUAGUCAAAAAAUAAAAUCUGAGUUCUGCAGUCCAUUUAUCCUCAGCUCUUUGGAUUGCUGAGUGUAACAUUGGACGCGAGUCAAAUCCUGCUGUAGUGUCGGCAACAAAGUGAAGUUCUGAGUUUUGGAUGAUGGGAGGACACAUUGCUUAGUCUUAGUGCCACUCUCAGUUUGCAGCUGCUUUCAUUUCUUAACGCUUGCUGUAGAUCAGGGGUGUGCAAAGUCAUUCCUGGAGGGCCGCAGUGGCUGCGGGUUUUUGUUCCAACCCAGUUGUUUAAUUAGAAAACAAUCCUUACCAAUAAUUACAUUUCAUGGCUUGUUAGUGCUUUAACUCUGCUAUUUUAAGUCAUUCUCAAAUCCUAGAUUUUUUUUUUCCAUUCUAAAGAUAUCAUCCAAAUAUUUUGAAGUGUAAAACGGAUGGGUAAUUCUCAGUCCUUCACUUUUUUCUCUUCUCUUUCCUUCCAAGUAUUUAAUUAAACCAAAUAGUGCAUGAUAAAUACACACAGGCGUAAAGGGUAACAAGCAAAAUGGAUAACUGCUGGUUUCUUUUGUCAUUUGCAUCUUAUUGCUAAUAAGGAGCAAUUACAAACCAAGAAUGCAGCUGUUUAAGACUUAAAUAAGCAAUAAGGGUUCAAAAUCUUAACGAGGGAGGUAACUAAAAUGAAGCAGAAGUGUUUCUAGAGCAAUUAGUGCUUCUUAUUAAGCAAUUGGGUUGGAACAAAAACCUGCAGCCACUGCGGCCCUCCAGGAAUGACUUUGCACACCCCUGCUGUAGAUGGAGACCUCUGCCAGAAGAUGACCCAAUCGGCACAUUACAGAUAAGCUUUAUUCUUUUCUAACCUUGUGUGCCUCACAGAAGAUGUAUGUUUGAAAACGAAGAGCAUAAGUGAUGCGUCUGUGUGCAGGGGGUGCUGAUGGCUGCAAAUGUUUGUUACUUAUUUUGCAUUCUACUUCUUACCUUAGCUUUUGUAUACUCUUGCUUUUUUAUUCAAUCUUAAAGGAAUACUCUUUCCAGAAAUAUUUGUUUUAUUACCCCUUGUUGUUUUCAGCAAUGGCUAAGAAAAAUAUUUAAUCUCCUGUUUUUAUGUGGAAGGGAGAUAACAAAGAUCCUAACACAAUGGGGCCUAUGCCAAAAAAAGAGCAAACAAAAUCAAAACGUCCAUGAAAUAAAAACCUCGAUUUGUGUUGCAUAAUCCAUGUGCCAGAUAUCCAGUUGUAUGCUCACAACGUCCCAAACACGGAAUGUUUUUGCAGGAAGAAGCAGGUCUUCAGUUCAAAAGCUCGAUUGCAUUUAAAUGUGCUCCCCAGUCGUUCAUGAGAAGUGGUUCAGUUAAGUUUAGCAAAAAUACACGUGUUUGAGAUGUAGUGAGCAUAUCACUGGCUAACUGACGUGUGGAUUAUGCAACACACAUUUUUACAGAUAUUUCCAUCUCGCUUGCUGUUUGUAGAGUGUUGUCCCCACUGAAACCUGUUAUGUCAGCAACUUUGUCAUCUCUCUUCCCCAUAAAAACAUGAGAUUUUUUUUUUUCUCGGCCAUUACAACAAACAAAAGUGGGUAAGUGACAGAUAAAGCAAAACAAUCGUUUUUGGUCAGGGUAUACUUUUAAACACCAUACCACCAUCCAUUUUUGACUUUUUCCUCUAUAAACCUGCCCUCUGAAGGUGUCAUCUUGAAGCAAUCAAGAAAUUUCUGAACAGUACACAUCUCAGGCAAACAAUUGUGUGCAGUUUUAAAGAAAAUGUUCAUAUUGUGUGCUGUUUGUCAAGUGUUGGUCCCCACUGAAACCUGUUUUGUCAGGAACUUUAUUUCUUUUUCCCAUAAAAACAUGAGAGAAAUUUUAUGAAGUUUUCCAAAAACUGCCAGUAACUCAGCAACCCUGUGGACAGGAAAAAGACGUUUCCUGCUGAUGUUGUGUGUCAUGGUGUGUGAAACAGAUGACUUCAGUAAAUGGCUUUGGGGUGGAAUGAUCCAGUCGGACUGGACUUUUUUUUUUUUUUUUGCCCGUAUGCCUCUGACCAACAUCCAUUUGUUCUGAUGGAUGUGCAGAAUGUAUUUCCCGGAUCAGUUCUUUCAUUUUGCAUGUUGGAACACCACCCUUCCUCCAGGGGAAUUAGGGAAUGAAGUCAGUUUUUUCCUGUAAGUGGAAAUGGUGCGUAUUCUAAAAAAUGUUUCAUGCCAGUACAAUAAGCUUUAACCACACACAUGUAAGUGAUCUGAUCUAAAUUAGGGUUAAUGUCUAGUUCUGUGCACACCGUAAUGUUCAUGUUAGUCUGACACAGUGGCAAGGCUUUAUCAAUGCUGUUGCACUCUUAAUGGUGACAGAAGAAAACAGAAGGUCUCCCCGUUGCAGACAUUUUGCUUUUACUGUAGACCUGCCUAAUAUUCCUGAAGGAAAUUUACUGGUAAAUGACCCCCCCACCCGUCUGAAUGUUACAGAAAGUGAGGGUCCAUUUCGCUUUGUUUUUGUGCCAUUCUUUUGAAAAGGAUUCUUCUGUCUAAAUGUAACCAGUUGUCGUAGUCCUAGUUUGUGAUAUUAACACCCAUCAUAUUUCAGGUCAUGCGCUUCCAGAAAUGUAAAAAAAAGCACAUAACAUCUCUGACCAGUAUUAUAGUGGAUGAAGUUCUUCAUUGUACAGUAUUCUUUAAAAGCUUUCUCUUUGCACAGUUUCAUUAGUUUAUAAUAUUUUCUUUUGGUUUUUUUACCUGUUAGAUGAACUUAUGUACAGUGUUUCAUUUUAUAUUUGUACGUGUUUUAUUAAAUGCACUAUAUUUGCUAUAUCUCAUAUCAAA